AUGUCAACAUCCCAGUCCGAGCAGCGCCGUCAGGCCAAGCAUGAGAAGGCGAGAGAGGCAAUGAUGGCCGAGUUUGAGCGACAAAAGCAAGACAUGGCAAAAGAGGCAGAAAAGAACCGUACUGGGUCGGAUAGAUUUGUUGGAAAGAACGACAGCAUUGAAGAGACGCUCAAGAAGCAAACGGUCGGUCUGGUUAGGCUUGAAGACUUUCAGAAGCGAAGAGUGGAACUCGAGGAGGAGAAACGGAGAGAGGCUGCCAAAACCAAUGAGCUAAAGCCCGAGGAAAAGAAGAAGAAAAAGAAGGCCAAGACAAAAGCAACAUUGUCCUUUGCGAUGGAUGAAGAAGAAGGAGAUGAUGAUUCUCCGUCGCACAAGGCGAAGAAACAAAAGACUUCACACGACAGCAGUAAAGCUAGCAAUAGAAAGACUAGCUUCAAGAACCCCAGUGUGGACACUUCAUUCCUCCCAGAUCGCAAGCGCGAAGAAGAGGAACGCAGAGUUCGCGAAGAGUUACGGCAAGAAUGGCUCCACAAGCAGGAGGAAAUGAAGCAGGAAGAGAUCGAGAUCACCUACUCCUACUGGGAUGGCAGUGGGCACAGGAAGACUGUCAAAUGCAAGAAAGGCGACUCCGUUGCGCAGUUUCUCGAAAAAUGCCGUCAACAAUUCCCAGAGCUACGCGGCGUCUCCGUCGAUAAUAUGAUGUACAUCAAGGAGGAUUUGAUUAUCCCACACCACUUCACAUUCUAUGAUUUUAUCGUGAACAAGUCGCGAGGCAAGUCCGGCCCAUUGUUCAACUUUGACGUGCACGAUGACGUGCGCCUCCUUGCCGAUGCGAGCGUCGAGAAGGAUGAGUCGCACGCGGGAAAGGUCGUUGAGCGGAGUUGGUACAAUCGGAAUAAGCAUAUCUUCCCGGCGAGCCGAUGGGAGCUAUUCGAAAUGGGGAAGGACUAUGGAAGCUACUCCAUCCACGACAGGAAAAAGGAGGGAUGA